AUGUUGCGACCCGUGUUGACUAUAUUUUUGUUGUUUCUCCGAAUUGACGCACUCGAGAACGGAUUGGCCAGGACCCCUCCGAUGGGGUGGAUGUCGUGGGCGGCGUUUUUCUGCGAGGUCGACUGCCAGAAACAUCCACAUGACUGCAUUAAUGAGAGGCUAUACGUGACGCAGGCUGAUCAGAUAGUUAGCGAUGGCUUUCGCGAGGCGGGCUACACGUCAAUCCAUAUUGACGACUGCUGGAUGGAGAUGCAGCGGACGGCGCUAGACCGCCUGGCCGCCAACAGGUCCCGUUUCCCCAGCGGCAUCAAGAAUUUAGCGAAAAUGAUGCACCAGCGCGGACUGAAGCUCGGUAUUUACGAGGAUUACGGUACACUGACGUGUGCCGGGUAUCCGGGCAGUAAGGGAUACGUCGAGAUCGACGCGGAGACAUUUUCCGAUUGGGAUGUGGACUACUUGAAAUUUGACGGGUGUUACUGUAAUAUGUCCGAGGUGGCGGCUGGCUUCAAAUCGAUGCGAUACGCGCUCGAAAAGGUGCAGCAGAAGAUGAUCUACUCGUGUGAGUGGCCGCUCUACCUCAAGCAGGCACCCGAAAUGAUUCACUACGACGAGAUCGCUGAGAACUGUAAUUUGUGGCGGAAUUUCGACGACGUCUAUUCGAAUUGGGGCUCAAUCCUGUCGAUCAUCGAUUUCCAAGCCGAAAAUCAGGACGAAAUUGCGAAAGUGCAAAAGCCGGGCGCGUGGAAUGAUCCGGAUAUGCUCGUGAUCGGCAACGGCAAUUUGACGGUGGAGCAAUGUCGAUCCCAGAUGAGCAUCUGGUGUAUUUGGAGUGCCCCGUUAAUUAUGUCGACAGAUCUACGAAUCCUGGAACCGGAAUACCGCGAAAUACUUUUGAAUAAGAAGGCGAUCGCCGUCGAUCAGGAUCCGAUGGGAAAAUUCGGCAAGCGGGUCUAUAAGGAGGGAGAUUUGAACAUCUUCUCGAAACCGAUCCAGCCGACUGAGGGCGAGAAGACAUCAUUGGCAAUCGCAUUACUAAAUCGAAAUCCCGAUUCCCCGAUUGACCACACGUUCACUCUAUCUUCAUUGGGCCUGCACGAGCCGGUGAAGCUCAUCGAAAUUUGGAGCAACACCGAGUUCGGCAAGGUCAACCCGGACGCGUCGAUUAAGGUGACAAUCCACCCGAGCGACACCCUCUUCUUCACUGCUAAAUUACUAUCGGCGGCCAGCCAUGAAUUAUCUGAUGAAGAGCUGAAACGACAUCUGGAGGAGAACAGGAUCAGCGCCGAGAAAGCGCAGCAAGCAGCAAAAAUACGGAAGUUGUUUAUUUUGCUGUUGGUCUUUGUCGCGUAUUCUAUUGGUGCCACUGGAUAUAUCAUUUUUAUGUUUACGCAGUGUAAA